AUGAAUAAAAACCUUAUCAUCCCAUCUGCAUUUUCUCAGGGUCAAAUGCAGCAAGUACCUCCAUCUCCAGGGUAUUUUAUCAAUGAAAGAGACGUACUAUUUAAUUAGAAACGAAUUUUGAAAGACAAGCUUGAUUUAGUUUCAGAUCUUAUUAGCAAAACAUCGCCUAAAGAUGCGUCUAAUUCAAUAACACGUCAGCUUCUGCUGCAAGAAUACAAUAGAAUCCAAUCAGAGCUUAUAUCUGGACCUAAAUCUUAUAUAGAAUCCCAACAAAAGUUCAAGCAUAGAGUAGAAGUUGCGUCAUUACCUUUCUCAUCACCAGCCCCAUUUACCCUUUUAGAGUUAAACGAACGCAAAACUGACCCAACGAUCCCAAACCCCCCAGACUGCAUUCAUUAUGACAGAGAAUGCACAGGCAGGGUGAAUCCUACUACAUGGGUAAGGCCUGCAAACCCUUCUUGGAAAUCUCAUCGAGAUGCUUAUAGCGAGCCAAACCGAUCAAUGUGAGAUGCUCUUAUGUAUGAAGAGAAAGACCCAUUUAAACCUGAAAAACAAUAUACAGAACCUGCUUAUAGCCCUAUGAAGCAGAGUUUUGAUCACCAAAUGUCUAGGCUUUCUGAUUUUUCAAUCAGUUCGAGGCUGAAAUCGUCAAAAAAGAAAAGAAUAAAAAGAGAAUCUAAUGAGAGAAAAUCAAAUAGAGAAGAAAGACGAACAAGCUUAUCAAACUACUCAAGGCAAAGUAUUGAACCUUCUUUUGUAAGCCAAGGGCAACAGCCUCGCCAACAAAACCCAAAUUUUCCAAACUUUCCUCAGCCAGGUCAACAGCCAAUUAUUAUACAGAUGCCUCCUUAUCCUAUAAUGCCACAGCCGAUUUAUGCUGCCCCUCCAGUCUAUACUCCUCCUCCCCAACAAUCUCAGCCAGCUCAAGUAACAAUUAACGUUAACCAUGAUUAUGCACAGCAGCUUCAGAAAUCGCCUAACUCUCAAUGCCAGAAACAAAAAUGAUUAUUCCAAGAAAUUUAUUAUUAGAUAUUUCAAUAAAUAGGCUACAUUGAUUUUUCCAAAAACACAAUAAUAAAAUUAUUUUAUAUUCUGCUGAAUAUAAUUUUAUUAAAAUAUGAUGCCUAUGUAUAGAUAAUGGAAUUAGUGUUUCAUUAUAAAUAUAGUUUAUUCCACUUUAUAUUAUGAUAGAAAAUGCCCUAAAAAUUAUUUUCAUGCAUCAAAAUAACUUGAGAAAUGAGAACAAAUUAGAAGUUUGCAUAUAAAAUUUUGAUUUUUUAAAUUUAAAUUAAUUUCUUCUUAUUAGGAUCCAUAAAAUCACAUGCUAAAUGUGAGAGUAAGCAUACAUUAGAAACAAGUAUUCAAUGUAAUGAGAGCAUUCUAAAUAGUCCUCCUGCAGAAAUAAACCCUAUAAUUGAGGAAAUAAUUGAUCCGCCAGAAGAAUUAAAUAAGGAAGAGGCCAGUGUUGAAGCAACCUCUCAAAACGAAGAAGAAAAGAAAUCCGAAGAAACCAUAAUUCUUGAUCCUUGGGCCACUCAAAUUGGAGGUAGCAGGAAAAAGCUUUACGAGCUUUUCCUUGAGAGAAAAGCUGACCUUGCUCAUAAGAUGGAAAUCAGAGAUAAAGGGAUGCAUAACUUUUUACAUAAAUCAGUAAAAAUCAACGAGCUUAUGAAAGUUAGGCAGGACAUGGUAAAAGGAAAAACGUCUGUUGAUGAAUACCUUCAAUCUCCAAACCAUCAAGCAAAAUUAACACCUAGGCAAACAGAAUUAGCACUUCCCCGCAAGAUAGAAAAAGAAGAGCGCAGCAUUCAGAUAAAGCAAAAAAACAUGCAAAUUAAGAAGAAAUAA